CAGACCCUCGGCUGCCGGCGCGGAGAGCGCGGCAGAGGCAGCGCUGAGGGGAGGGCGGAGAAGGAGCGGAGGGGGCCCCGCCGGCGCUGCCUCUGCACGCGUCCCCUCCUCGCUCCGUCGCCCGCUGCUGCCUCCCUCGACGGCGGCCGCCUCGCCUCCAGCCUCCGACCCGCCGCGCCCGGCUGCUGCCCCAUGGCCCCCGGCGGCACUUGCGCCAUGCCGGCUCUGGCAGCGCUGCGGGCGCGCCUCUAAGCCCAUGCCAUGCUCCUGCCGCUCCUGCCGGCGCUGCUGGCGGCGUUCGCGCCCUCGCUGCCCUGCUGCCGCGGCUGGGCGCCCCCCUCGGCCCCCCCGCCGCCGCCGCCGCCUCUCAACGCCUCCGCCUCGCCCGCCAGCAGCUCCCCCGAGGGUCGCCGAGGGUCCGGCGAGAGGGCCCAGGCGGGCGACCCUCGGCCCCCCGCCGGCACGCCCGGCCCGGCCCGGCCCGCGCCUCAGCAGCCCCGCGAGGAGCCGGCGUGCAACAUCAGCGUGCAGCGGCAGAUGCUGAGCUCGCUGCUGGUGCGCUGGAGCCCGCUGGGCUUGCAGUGCGACCUCGUGCUCUUCUCCACCGGCGGGCCGGCCGGGCGCGCCUUCUUCUCGGCCGCCUUCCACCGCGUGGGCCCGCCGCCGCUGCUCAUCGAGCACGUCGGGCUGGCGGCCGGCGGCGUCCAGCAGGACCUGCGCCUCUGCGUGGGCUGCAGCUGGGCGCGGGGCAGGCGCGUCGGCCGCCUCCGCCCGGGGCCCCCCGCCGCCUCGCCCGCCUCCGCCGCUUUCUUCGCCGCCGCCUCCUCGGCCGUGCCCGACGCCGGCCAGCAGCCCUGGCAGCAGGGGGAGCGCAUCCAUUUCUGCUGCUUGGAUUUCAGCCUGGAGGAGCUCAAGGGGGACCCCGGCUGGAGGAUGAACCGCAAGCCCAUCGAGUCCACCCUGGUGGCCUGUUUCAUGACUCUGGUCAUCAUCGUGUGGAGCGUGGCCGCCCUCAUCUGGCCGGUGCCCAUCAUCGCCGGCUUCUUGCCCAACGGCAUGGAGCAGAGGAGAAGCGCCGCCACCUCGGGAGGCGCAGCUGGGGCCGGCGCCGCCGCUGCUGCUGCGAAGUGACGCCCUCGGCCAACUCUUCCCCGCUCGCCUUCGCUGUUGCUUCGUCGUCCGACCUAACCCGGGUGUAUCCGUGUUGUGGGCACUAGAUGGGGGGACCCUUGCUAGAAUUUUUGGGUUUUUUUGUGGGGGGAAGGGGGCAAUGUUUAAAGAAAUAUAUUUUGUAGAUGACGUUAAAGCCAUUUUCCUAGGGAUGAAUGCAGAAGACUGGAGAUUUUACAGCCUGAAGGUUGCUUGGCAGUAAAUCUCUGAGGAGGUGGAAUAUCUCCCCCCCCCAGGCUAAUAUGAAAAGAAAAUUUAUAGAUAAUAUUUCUUAUGUGCUCAAAAUUCAUAUAAAAUGACCAAAACCUGUGUAUUUGCUUUAUAUAUUAAAGAAAAACCACUUUUAUGUCAAUAUUUUAGUAGACUGUGCACACACAGACCCAGUGCACUGUGCAGUAGUUGUUAAGUCAGAGCACUUAUUUGUACACAAACACACUUUUGUCUUUCCAAAAAUGUUAUUUACUAAAAGAGGAAACUUUUGGGGGGCAGGAGUGUCAAAUUUGUUAACACGAUAUAUAUACAUUAUAUAUUGUUAAUGGAGAACUGAAGUUUAAUUACUCUUUUACAAUUGUGUGUGUGUUUCUUAUGGCAGAUAAGGUGUGAUUACUAUUGUA